AAAAACAAUGUUGAACAAGCAGAUACAGAUGACGGAUGUCUGACUUUGGAGAUAGACGCUACGGACGAUGCAGUAGGGCACGAAUGCGAUGCUUCGACCUUAGAAAUGUACAACAAUUCUCCAGGGUACCGACAACAUACUCCGACAAUACAAACAAUGGACGUUUCGUCAAGGUUCAAACACGAUACACAGCCAAUAGAGAUUGUGGACGAUUCGUCAAGGAUUAUACACGAUACACCGACAAAAUGUGCUAUGGAUCAUUCGUCAAUGUACAAACACGAUACACAGCCUAAAGAGAUUGUGGACGAUUCGUCAAUGUACAAACACGAUACACAGCCAUUUGAUACUGUGAUCGAUUCGUCAAGGUACAGACACAAUACACCGCCAAUAGAUCUUGUGGACGAUUCGUCAAGGUACAAACACGGUACACCGCAAAUAGAGAUUGUGAAUGAUACGUCAAGGUACAAACACGAUACACCGGGAAUAGAGAUUGAGGACGAUCCGUCAAGGUGCAAACACGAUACACCGCAAAUAGAGAUUGUGAAUGAUACGUCAAGGUACAAACACGAUACACCGGGAAUAGAGAUUGAGGACGAUCCGUCAAGGUACAAACACGAUACACCGCCAAUGGAUCUUGUGGACGAUUCGUCAAGGUACAAACACGAUACACCGCAAAUAGAGAUUGUGGAUGAUACGUCAAGGUACAAACACGAUACACCGCAAAUAGAGAUUGUGGAUGAUACGCCAAGGUACAAACAUGAUACACAGCCACAACCUGCUGAGGACCAUUCAUCAAAACACGACACACAGCCAUUAGAGCAUAUGAACGAUUAG